GUUUUAAUUAAAUAACAUUAUUUAUUAGACCAAGUCCUUCCAACUUGUGAAGGUUCAAUCCUCCUCUGUUUUUCCCCAGCAGAAGUCUCAAAUUUGUUUUAAGCCAGAUAUCAGCUUCUCUGGAAUUCAAGAGAGAGAACAAAAAGGAGCAAAAAAUGGGUAUGAGACUAGUGUCUCAGGUCAAUUUCAGUUUGGCAAUAUUGCUAACUAUGCAGUUGGCAAUAGCAGCAGCACCCAUGGCGAAGCCCAACUGCACAGAUCAUUGCGGAAGUAUUAGCAUUCCAUACCCAUUUGGAAUUGGUAAGGAUUGUUAUAUGGAGGACUGGUUUGAGAUUGAGUGCGACAACACAAUUAAUCCUCCUAGACCAUUAUUAAGUCGCUUCAACAUGGAAGUGUUCCGUAUUGAUCUUGGUAGCAGCGCAGUUAAAGUCGAAAGUCCAAUAAUAUCCUCCAAUUGUUCAGGCAGGGAAGACGGUAUGCCUGUGAAUUUGACCGGAAGUCCUUUCCUUUUGUCCGACGAGAAUGUGUUCACUGCAACAGGCUGCAACACUCGUGCUUUAGUCACCUAUAAUUCGCCCCAACUGGUUGGUUGCGAUUCAACCUGCCUUGGCGAGCAGAAUGAUGUUGAUUGGCGAGAAAUGCUUCCUAAAAUCAUGAGAAAAGGUUCCGAUGGAAAUUGGCUACGGGAGUAUUGUAGUGGAUACAAUUGCUGCCAAACGAUAAUACCUUCAUUGGUUCAGGUUUUCAAUCCAAUUUUACAGGAUAAAGAUGGCAAUCAAAACAAAGGUGGUUGCAAGUUGGCAUUUAUAGCGGGCGGAUCAGGAACCAUUUUCCAGAGAAACAAGGAUCCAUAUGUGCAGUUUCCAAUGCUGAUAGAUUGGAUGAUCAACUCCAGCCGAAAGAAAGAUGUUGACUGGGAAACCGUGAAUUGCUUUAAUUACUCUGAUAAUUCUUUCAAUGAGCCCGUGUUCCGUUGUUCUUGCAAGAAUGGGUAUGAGGGCAAUCCUUACCUUAGAUGCACAGAUAUUGAUGAAUGCAAAGAUCCAACAUAUGGUCAGUGUCAAGGAAUAUUAAGAUGUGUAAAUACUCGUGGAUCUUACAAAUGUGUACCAGAUGCAAAAUGGAUUAUCAUUUUUGGUCUUUGCGCUGGCAUUAUAAUAUUGUUUGUACUCAUACUUGGCGCAAGAUGUUUAUAUAAAUCAGUAAAGAAAAGAAACAACAUCAGGAGGAGGGAAAAGUUCUUCAAAAGAAUGUUACAGCAACAAAUAAGUUCAAGCCAAGGCAAUGUUGAGAAGGCCAAAAUAUUUAGCUUAAAAGAGUUGGAAAAGGCAACUGAUCACUUCAAUGUGAAUAGAAUUAUAGGCCAAGGUGGCCAGGGUACUGUUUACAAAGGAAUGUUGGCGGAUGGAAGAAUUGUUGCAGUUAAGAAAUCCAAGAUAGUAGAUGAAGCAAAAGUUGAACAUUUCAUUAAUGAAGUUGUGAUUUUAUCACUUAUUAAUCACAGAAAUAUGGUAAAGCUACUUGGAUGUUGCUUGGAGGCAGAAGUUCCUCUGCUUAUCUAUGAGUUCGUCUCUAAUGGAACACUUUUUCGGUAUCUGCAUGAACAAGAUGAGGAAUUUCCAUUAUCAUGGGCAACUCGUUUGCAAAUUGCUACAGAAAUUUCAGGAGCACUUUCCUAUUUGCACUCUGCAGCACCUAUACCAAUAUUUCAUCGGGACAUCAAGUCAAAAAAUAUACUCUUGGAUGAAAAGUAUAAGGCAAAAGUAUCAGAUUUUGGAAUUUCAAGAUUGAUUGCAAUUGGGCAAACUCACCUUACAACUAAUGUUCAAGGCACUUUUGGGUACUUAGAUCCAGAAUACUUUCAAACAAGCCAAUUUACAGAGAAAAGUGAUGUUUAUAGUUUUGGGGUAGUGCUUGUUGAGCUGUUGACUGGACAAGAGCCAAUUUGCUCAGCAAAGUCCGAAGAAGUAACUAGUUUAGCAACAAUUUUUAUUCAAAUGAUGGAAAAUAACAAACUUUUUGAGAUAAUCGACCCUCGAAUUAUAGAGCAAUAUUCCAUCAAAGAAGAAGUCAUGGCUGUUGCUAACCUUGCAAAGAGAUGCCUAAACCUUAAUGGAAAGAAACGGCCUACAAUGAAACAAGUAACACUGGAGUUGGAGACGAUUCGGUAUUCUCAUGAAAAUGUAUAUGUUGAAGAAAUUUGGGAAGAAACUGAAUUAGACCUUCAGGAUGUUGCUGCUGCAUCUUCUUCAACAUCGGUUUCUAGCACUACUUGGUAAUUAAGAAUAAUGUCUCAUCCCAGCAUUCCUUUCAAUGUUGGAGAACCUGAGGUAAGGUGUGUGCUGCAUUCUGCCGCCUGAAUUUGGAACUUUGAUAUGUAUUCCAAUUUUUUUAUUUUUGGUAAUACUAAUUUCCUUUUAUAAGUGCAAACUAUUUCUUUUUUAGUGCAAUCAAACAAAUGUUUAAAGAUAUAA